AUGCCCCCAUCCCCGCGGGCCUUCCGAGCGGCUCGGGUCUUCUGGAUUCAGGGCGCCCUGCUUCGGGAGACCUCUGUGUCUGCCCCGCCCGCUCCCCCGCCGGGCAGCCGGGCCGGGCCGGGAGCCAGUCUCCCACCCACGCCGGCCCCCGCACCUUGCCCCUCGCUGCCCGCUUGGGGAGUGCCUCUCCCACCCCGCAGCCAGACUCUUCCCUCCAGCCCCGGGGCUGGGAUCCUGGGUGGGGCGGCCGCGCCUCCGGGACGGCCCCCGCGGCGGAUCAGCGAGGCUGGGGCCGCCCCAGGGCCGCGCGGGGCCCGGCCAGACGCCGCGGGGGCAGCCGCACCUGAGCCCCUGGUCCGGCACACUCCGCGCCGGAAGCGCGGGCGGGGUGGACCGGUCCCGGGAACAACCCGAGCCCACGGGGCGGCGUAG